GAUCUUCCUGUUUUUUUUGUUUUGACAGAGAAAGAGCUUAAAUGAUUGCUUCUGUGAGGAUGAACUGAGCACUUCUUCCAGUUCCGCUGAAAAAUCAGAUGGAGACUGCAAAGAAGGAAAAACAAAUGAGAUGAAUGAAUUGGUACAGUUGAUGACCCGAACACUGAACAUGGACAAUAAAGAAAAUGGUGAACGGUCUGCAGUACCUGUUCCUGAAUCACAGUCCAAGCUUAAUAGAAAAUACAGAGACACCCUGAUUUUACAUGGAAAAGCACCAGAAGAACCAGAUGAAUUGCAGUUUCAAGAGCUUUCUUCAGAUAUUCCAUCUGGUCCUGAGAAAAUCAGGAGACUGGUUGAAAUCUUAAGGGCAGAUGUAGUUCAAGGACUUGGAAUGAAGCUUCUGGAAAAGGUGUUUGAUGUUAUGGAGGAGGAGGAUGAACAGAAAAGAGAGGUAUAUUUGCAGGAGCUGAUGGGAGAAAAGUACCCCUCUUACAGCAUGAAGGCCCACCACUUGAAGUUCUUAGAAGACAAUGUAAAGCUUUGACUGAUACGUCCAUAAACCACUUCUUCCUGAAGGAAAUUACCAAACUUGAUUCAACAGUUCUUUGAGGUUCAUCAGAUUUGCAUUUCUCUGUAUAGUCUAAGCUGUCGGAUUCUCUUUAUCAGUUGUACAGCUGCCUGAUUUCGCUCAUUAUAAUAACAUUUACAUAAAGCCUAAUGGUAGAAAUGUUUGGCACACCUAAUCUCAAUGUUCUGUCAUCACAAAUGGCACUUGCAUGAAAGACUAUGGGAUUGGAAGCAGAGCACAAUACUCUGUCCUCCAUGUAAACGUUAUAAUGUGAUGAGGAAAAUGAGAAGGGUGAGAAAUAAUUCAGCAUCUGAAUCCUGUUCUGUUUUAUUUUAGAUUACAAAUGACCAAUGUGUAGGUAGGUGCCUUGAAUGUGUUGAAAUGAUGUAUGUUUGUUUUUUAAAGUAAUGAAGUUAACUUUUUGUAAAUACAUUCUUGGGUCUUCAAAUAUUUCUUUUUUUGAAGGAAUAAAGUCACACAAUUGUUUUA